AUGCUGAAACGUGAACUAUUCCCAUCACCUCAGCUUUGGUCUUGCUGCAGUGUGCCCCUACUCCCAAGUACUGCUAUUGCAGGAAAGAAGUGUGACGAGCUGGAGAUGGAGGAUGAAGAAGGCUACACCGCUUUAAAUUUACGACCUUCAGCUUCAGUUAUUACUCAUGGAUAUUCGAGCAGCAACAAAUGUUCUGCAUUUAAGGCUCCGGCCAGUUGUGUUACAGUAGACAGAGCCUCUGCCUCAUCUUCCGUAUGGCGGCCAGUGGCCUUUGCUUUCCUCGCUUUGUGCUUGGUGCUGCUGACGGGGCUGGUAGCCCUGCUGGCCCUGUUUUUUCAGGUUUCCAAGGAUCCUGAGGAAGGAAAGAAGCUGCAGGAAAUGAAGGAAGCAUUGUGUUUUGAAGGGAAAGAGAAAAAUGAAACAAAAUGUGCUCUCUGUCCAGCAAGCUGGCAAAACAGUGGAGCUGACAACUGCUUCUACAUUUCAAAGCAGAAGAAAACAUGGAAGCAAAGCCAGGAGUUCUGUUCCUCAAGAAACUCCACUCUUCUUGUGCUAAAAGACAAAGCAAAGAUGGUUUCUCUGCCACAGGAUUCACAGUUUUACUGGGUUGGAUUGUCAUACGUAUCUGAAAGGAGCGGCUGGUACUGGGAAGAUGGAACAGCUUUUUCAAAAGAGGCAACAAAUUGGGUUAUGUUAUAUGACAACAUUUUCUGUGCCUCCUUAUAUGGACGGAUUAUUUAUGCCAGCCACUCCUGUUUGACAAAGCAAUUCUGGAUCUGUGAGAAAGUGGCUGUUCAUUUCACCUGA